GGAAAACUUCCGGUUCCAACUGCUCAGUGCUUAUGUUGACCGGAAGCUUCCGGUAGCGCUGCGAUGGUGCUCCUGGAGAGCGAGCAGUUCCUGACGGAGCUCACCAGGCUCUUCCAGAAGUGUCGGUUGUCGGGCAGCGUGUACAUCACCUUGAAGAAGUAUGAUGGUCGAACUAAACCCACACCGAGGAAGGGUUCUGUGGAGGGCGUUGAGCCCUCAGACAACAAGUGUCUGUUGAGAGCAACGGAUGGGAAAAAGAAGAUCAGCACAGUGGUGAGCUCCAAAGAAGUGAAUAAAUUUCAGAUGGCUUAUUCAAACCUAUUGAGAGCUAACAUGGAUGGGCUGAAGAAGAGAGACAAAAAGAGCAAGAGUAAGAAGAGCAAAGCAGCACAGUGAAGAGCACUGAGUUCCCUGCUUUUACCAAACCACUGAAUUACAUAUUUCCAUUUUGUUUAUAGUUUUGUUCAUAAAUCUAGGUUUCUGGUUCCCCCACUAACUGUUUUCAUGCGAUAUCAGGGUCAUUUUGGAGAGAAGAAAGGUUGCAGUGUUUACAAAGUAUUUGUGGUAAGAAAGUAGUUUUAUUUCAGAUUUAUGAUGCAUGGUUAUAAAUUCCUAAAUUAGUUUAAAAAAGUCUCUGUAGUCAUCCCUGUGAAGAGCAUUGUAUCAUUAAACACCUGUUAUCAGCA